AUGGGUUUCAAAGACGGCGAUGCCAAGAAGGGCGCUGGUCUCUUCAAGACCCGCUGCGCUCAGUGCCACACCCUCGGUGCCGGCGAGCCUAACAAGGUCGGCCCCAACCUUCACGGUCUCUUCGGUCGUAAGACGGGUAGCGUAGAAGGUUUCUCGUACACCCAGGCCAACAUCAACAAGGGCGUCACUUGGGACGAGGAGACUCUCUUCGAGUACCUCGAGAACCCUAAGAAGUACAUUCCGGGCACAAAGAUGGCUUUCGCUGGUCUCAAGAAGGAGAAGGACCGCAACGACCUCAUCACCCACCUUCGCGAGGAGACCAAGUAA